GUUCCUAUGGAAACCGCAGUGCAGUUUCAACAUAAAGCGCAUUUAAGGACACAAAAUAAGGCUGGUAAAUGUUAAUAUUUUUUUGUUUACAGUUUGAGACCAUUAUUAGUCAAAAUAUAAAGUUUCGUUCGUAUUUAUUUAAUAAUAAUAAAAAUAAUAUAACCAAAUAGACAAGUGGCAGCUUAAAGAAGAACGCACCUUCUCUAAGUAGCUACACGCAAUAUACCGUACUUUUAUUUAUGUUUAAAUUAAAUUCACUAUUGAUGAAACGUUGUAACCUUAUUAUUUGUUGUAUAAAGUAUAAACGCCUUAAUCUUGUCAAAACUGGAGUGGCGUCCGUGAUUAGUUAAAAUUGUUAUAUUCCACAGCAAGGUUAAAUUCAGCCAGCCUUCGUAUUUCUAUCGGUAGGCCUGUGUGCGUGUGUAUUAAGUAAUUAUUUGGUUUUGACACCCCGAGACCUGGGAGUAAAUCGUGGUGCAUUAAUUUUCAUGGCAGCCGUUCAUUUUUAUUAGUAAAUGUAAUUUUAAAACCACAUUAACUGCUAAUUGUAUGGACCUGAACCGAUUAACUACAUUAAACCACUUUGACACAAGAUGCAUAACAAUUAAUAAAAGCAAACAAUAAUAAAUAUUUUUAGUCACAAAACAGAUCGCCGUGGGACGGGUUUCACAUUUCCUUAACAUUAAUAAAUUACACCUCAACGCAAAAGGGAACGUCACAAAUUGAACAGGUUGAUUGUCGCCAUUGAAAUAUGUAAAUACUUCCCCCCCCACCGUCCCCAAGUACCUGAUUUGAAACCUCAUCACAGUGACGUUGAUCCUCUGAUGCUGAAGGCCUUAGUGGCGUUGUGAGUCAAACCAGCAAAACAGCCACACUCAAGCAUAAAUAUCGGGAAGAAACAGCCGCAUGAAACAAUGUGAUUUGCGAGAUUAACCGCUAUUGCAAUAAGAUUAGAAGAUGUCGUAUAGCAGCAAGAGUAAGACGGCUGACACAAUUUUGAAAUGAUAAACAUUGAUGAAUUCAAACGUGACAAAACCUGAAGGAACCAUGAAGGAUCUCACAGAGGAGUCCAAGGACCAUCAAUUAACGGUUGCCCUCCGUAUUCGUCCAAUCAAUGAUGGAGAGAUAGAAGAGGGAGCUACCAUAACAGCUCACAGAGUGGAUGAUCAGAUAGUAGUUCUUAUGGAUCCAUCUGAAGAUCCUGAUGACAUACUGCGAGCGAAUCGGUCCCGAGAAAAAACGUUUAUGUUUGAUAUGGCAUUUGACCACUCUUCAACCCAGGAGGAAGUUUAUGUUGCCACAACUAAGAAUCUGAUUGCGGGAGUUGUUUCUGGUUACAAUGCAACAGUCUUUGCUUAUGGACCAACAGGUGCAGGGAAGACUUACACCAUGCUGGGACUGGACUCUGAACCUGGGAUCUAUAUUCUGACCCUAAAUGACCUGUUUAAGGCCAUUGAAGCUGGCAGUGACAAUAUGGACUAUAAUGUCUCCAUGUCAUACUUGGAGAUCUACAAUGAAAUGAUCCGUGACCUCCUGAACCCUGCAUCUGGGUAUCUGGACCUGAGAGAGGACUCGAAAGGUGAAAUCCAGAUCGCAGGCAUCACAGAGGUCUCCACCAACAACGCUAAAGAGAUUAUGCUACUGUUGACUAAAGGAAAUAAACAGCGGACGCAGGAGCCAACAGCAGCCAACAAUACCUCGUCUCGAUCUCACGCCGUCCUGCAGGUUACAGUGAAACAGAAGAGCAGAGUGAAGAACAUCACUGAGGAGGUGCGGGUGGGGAGGCUCUUCAUGAUUGACCUGGCAGGAACAGAGAGAGCAUCGCAGACACAGAAUCGAGGAAAAAGAAUGAAGGAAGGGGCACACAUUAACCGCUCACUGCUUGCCUUGGGAAAUUGCAUUAAUGCUCUUAGUGAGAAAGGUGGGAACCGGGCACAGUAUGUCAACUACCGGGACAGCAAACUCACACGGCUGCUCAAGGACUCUCUAGGUGGGAAUAGCAGGACAGUAAUGAUUGCUCAUAUAAGCCCUGCCAGCACAUACUUUGAGGAGUCUAGAACUACACUCAUCUAUGCUGACCGUGCCAAGAACAUCAAAACCAGGGUGAAGCGCAAUCUGUUUAAUAUGUCAUUCCACAUGGUCCAGUACACUAACAUAAUUGCAGACCUCAAUAAAGAGAUUGAGAGGCUAAACGCCAAGAUACGUGAGCAGCAUGCAAUGCUGCAGAAAAAAGGAGAGAAGGCUAACAUCAGAGAUGUCCAAGCCGAGGUGCAGCAGCAUUCAGCUCAGUACAGCCGCAGGGAGCUGGAUCGCGUGCAGGAGCAGCUGAUCAGUGCAUUUAGAGAGCAGAUGGAGAUCCGUCGGAGCCUCAUGGAGCUAGAGAACUCAUACAUGGAGUUGCACAUUGACACCUCCAGGCACCUAUUGACAGUUGCAGACUGGGAGAGGGAGAAGACACGUUGUGCCCGUAAAUGGCGGGAGGAAAGGCGCAGUGAAAAAGGGGAUAAAGACCAGGAUGAUCCUGAGAAAGAAGCCGGAGGUAGUGAGGAUGUGGAUUCGCCCGAGCCUCGGGAGGUGGCAGCAGCACGGGAAGAGAUUGGGAUGUUGUUGGCAGAGGAAAGGAAAAUUAUGUCAUUAAAGUCGGAAUUGGAACAAAAACUUGCAAACACAAAAAUGAAGGCAUCGAAGAUGGAGGAGCUCUUACCAAAGCGAAUAAGCAGCAAGGAUCAGCGGGAGAUUCUCACCCUGCUCUGUAAAGUGCAGGAGCUGGAAGUGGAGAACACAGAGAUGCAGUCAGCUCUACUGUGCAAGGGGAAUAUCCUGCGACAGAAAGAGUUUGUCAUCCAACGCUACGAUCAGCACAGGACACUGUGUGACGAGAUCAUACAGCAGCAAAAGGCCCUCAUUGAGGACCACCACUUGCCUGUACCUCAACAACUGGAGGAGCUCUAUAGACUAUACUUCCGAGUAGCGGAAGAGGGGAAUCUUGACCACAUUUUGGCUCUCCACAGUAUCACCUCUAGUGCCUUGCGGGACGGAUCCAUACUAAAUGUGGCAAGGCAGCUGAAGCUAGGGGAUUUAAUUGCAGAGAUGGAUAAAGAUGACUUUAUAACUAGGACAGUUGUGCAUGAGAACAGAAAGUUACUUCAUCCACGAAUUAAGGACCAUCUUCCUGAAAGUGACAGCAAUAAAGUGUUCAAAUCCACAUCGAAAUCACAUCAGAUGAGGCAAGGUCAGAAUCUCACCCCCCCACCUACAAGUCUUCAAGGACAGUCAUUGCUGAAGCAGCUCAAUACCAGUGUAAAGGAGCGCAGUGGCAGUCGACGAUCCAACGUGUCCUUAGAAACUGAAAGCAGCAAAGUGAAACAGCAGACGGGAGGUAAACAGAUGAGCCCUGAAACCAUAAAGGAGAUUGUCACGGACACCAAGAGCAUUUCUGCCAUUGCAGCAAGGCGGCGUUCCCGCAUGCAGGCCGUUGACUCGGUGAUUGGACUCUCACGACAGAAGGAGCGCAGUCCGAUGUUGGUGCACUCCUUGGAGGAGGUGGAGGAGGAGCCCCUAGGGAGAGCAAUGUCCCAGCCCAACACAACACCAGCCUGUGAAAUAAAGCAGGCUGUCAGUAUUGAGUCAGUAAUGUCUACAGAGGAUAUGGAAGGCAAAAAGAGCUUGUCACGGGUCUUAGGCAGCUCGCUGUCAAACAUCAAACAAGAAUCGAGAAAGGCAGUAAAAAGAGACGACUCCAUUGAGAGAAAAGCACGGAAGAAACGCUCAAAGUCAUUUGAAGUAAACACAGAACAGAAACCUAUGAACCACUCUCAGAAGCAUAUUCUUCAAAGUACUUCUGACAAUAGGCUUGCUCAUCCUUUCAAAGACACCAACCAGUUCUUGCAUUCAGAGGUGCCUGGGAACCCUGCCACCCCACCAGCAACCAAGAUCAAAUAUCCUAUCUACCAUCAUGCAGGUGAAGGUCAACUACAGAAGCUGGAGAUGAGGGGUACCCAUCUUAGCACUGUCCAUCAGAAAAAUGCAGAAGGUAGCAAGGGGCAGAUUCUACAAAAAAGAGUCAGAGGACCAGUAGUGUCAUCAAAGACAAAUCCGCUCCUGCUACACCCUGGGAAUUUCAAAAGAACAUACAAUGUAAAUCCACGAAGGCGGGGAGUGACCACUGAAAAUGUCGGUAAAGGCGAUAACAGAAAUAAAAAGUGAAGGCUUUCAGUGUGGAGCUUCACUGGGAUUUAGCAGAAAAUUGAAGAUUGGAUUUGAACAGUACAGACAAACUAGUCUGAAGGAAUCAAGCUUUGCAAUAAGAAGAAUGCAUGAUAAAACUCUCUCUGCACCUUAAAAGACUAAACCAUCUUUACUGCUGAGCAAACUGCAAAGACUUGUUCCGCACCUUGUUCAUGAAACUUCUCUUUAGUCCCCUAGUUACAAGCAAUAAGAUACUGAAUACUGAAAAUCUGGAGUGAAAAGUAUUUGUUUACACACAAGGUUUUAUGAAACUGAUGACAUAUUUAAAACCUGCACUGGUUCUUUUUUUUUUUCCCUCAAACAUUUUAUGUAAUAAAUGUUUACUGAUAUUUUGUUAAAAUACUACACACUUGAUGUACUUGACACUGGAUGUAAACAGGAAGGUUGUAUAUUGUAUUUAGGUUUGUUUGAUAUGAUAGUUCCAUUAUUUGUUUUGCCCUGCAAACAAUAAAGCACUUGCAGAAAAAUUCAUACUAAAUCAAACUAAUUAUAUCAUGGUCAUUAUAUACCAAAGAAGACUAAAUGAUGAUUUAUACAUUUACAGUAGUUUACAUGGUUAAUAUUGCUUUUAUAGCUCAUCUCAGGAUACUGUACUUUUUAAUUAUUUACCAAGCUUAUUCUGGCUUCCUCAUGUGAUAGUCCCAUCAGAAAUACCUUACUUAGGCUUAACCAUUCAUGUCUACAUUCUUUUUACCUGCAGGAAAUACAACUUUAAAUUCAGAAACACUUUUUAAAGGACCACAAUCUUUGAUUAAAAAGCUUUAGCUAGCUAGUACAUGCAUAGCUUUUUAAUUAUUUAUACGUAUAUUUAUACUUCAUGAAUAAAGUUUUUAAUGCCCCUGCAUUUUUAUGGUAUUUUAUCCUUUAUGUUUAUCACCAUGUGUUUGUGAUUAGUUUGGAAAUCUAGCCUUUAUAAGAUUACAUAAAGCAUUUAAGGGAGCUAUUACACAGGCUCGUCGACCAUACAUAGGUAUUGAUUGCAGAGUUUAGUGUAAAUUGAAAAAUGUACAUUUCACAAUUGUUCUUGGUCCCUAUACCAUGUUUGUGAUCUGUACAGUACAUGCCAUGAUAAAAUAUAUACCUGUCUGGCUAUCGCUAAAAUACUGUUUCCUAUGAAUGAAAUGAUAUUCUGACCCUUUGUGUGUUGCAUGUAAAACACUCAGUCAGUCACCCAGUCCCUGCCACCCAGUCCCUGUUUGUUUUAUCAAAUCCCCAAAUGCUCCUGGCAGUUGGUCUGGCACCAAGUGCCUAAAAUGGGUUUGGUAACCAUUAUAACAUCAUGCAAAUAUAAUUAAUUAAAAUCACUAUGAAGAAUUUCAGAUGUCAGAGAAAUCCUCACAUACUUGGUCACCAAAAAGCGCAAACCAUGUCUGCUAAAAUAACUUAACAGUGGAAGAGUAUGUGGCUACAAGCCUAUUAACUGGAUUACUGCAUGCAUUACAAUCUUUGUUAAUAUUCAGGGAUUACCAUGAAAUAAAAUCUGUUUUCGAUUAAGUGGUGUUUGACACAGUCUAAACUGCUCUAUGUUUCUCAAUAGAAUUUCACGGCUGUCGACAUCCAUCUAGUCUGGAUUUCUCUUGCAACCUCAGACCAAAAAAACACUCGGACGAUAAGGCUUUUUGAAUUUGUGUCCAAGUGCAGGGUUCUUACUUUCACAUAGUAGGUGGAAAUGAGAACAAAUCUCUGCAGGAACUCACCCUAAAUAUCGGAACUGAAUGGUAAAUCCUGAUCCUAAGUCUUUCCUUCACUAAAAAACACGAAUGUGGAGUUGUACAGAGGUUUCA